CCUGUAUUUAGAAUUCGCGCGAAAUUGACGACGCUUUUCCGCGCGGUUGCAGUUGUGUCCAAGUGUGAAUGACUAAGAAGUAAGAAGCUGAAGCUCAUAUUUUAUUGGUUUCUGAUAGUAACAAUUCAUCACUAUGGGAAUUCACGGACUUGCAAAGCUCAUUGCAGAUCAUGCACCUUCGGCUAUCAAGGAGCAUGAAAUCAAAAGCUACUUCGGAAGGAAGAUUGCUAUCGAUGCCUCCAUGUGUAUCUACCAGUUUUUGAUUGCGGUUCGACAGGACGGUAAUGUGUUGCAGAAUGAAGAUGGAGAGACCACUAGCCACCUCAUGGGCAUGUUCUACAGGACCAUCCGAAUGCUGGAGAGCGGCAUCAAGCCGGUUUAUGUGUUUGAUGGGAAGCCACCUCAGCUCAAGUCAGGAGAGCUUGAGAAGAGAGUUGAGAGACGAGCAGAGGCUGAGAAACUUCUAGCUCAGGCACAAGAAGCAGGUGAACAGGAAAACAUCGACAAGUUUAGUAAACGACUUGUGAAGGUCACCAAACAACACAAUGAGGAAUGUAAGAAAUUACUUUCUCUAAUGGGAGUCCCAUACAUUGAGGCUCCAUGUGAGGCUGAGGCGAGUUGUGCUGCUCUGGUGAAAGCAGGGAAGGUUUAUGCCACAGCAACAGAAGAUAUGGACGGUCUGACAUUUGGAACAACAGUCUUAUUGAGGCAUCUAACAGCCAGUGAAGCAAAAAAGCUUCCCAUCCAAGAGUUUCACUUCAGUCGCAUUCUGCAGGAUAUGGAGCUGACACAUCAACAGUUCAUCGACCUGUGUAUCCUACUGGGCUGUGACUACUGUGGCACUAUAAAAGGAAUCGGACCCAAGAGGGCCAUCGACCUAAUUAAACAGCAUGGCUCUAUUGAAGAAAUUCUGGAGAAUAUUGACCCAAAUAAACACCCUGCUCCAGAGGACUGGCUGUAUAAAGAGGCUCGAGGUCUCUUCUUGGAACCUGAGGUCGUGGAUGGCACCUCUGUCGAUCUGAAGUGGAAUGAACCUGACGAGGACGGGCUAAUACAGUUUAUGUGUGCUGAGAAGCAGUUCAGUGAGGAUCGUAUCCGUAACGGCUGUAAGAAGAUCACAAAGAGCAGACAAGGCAGCACCCAGGGCCGACUGGACACGUUCUUUACUGUAACCGGAUCAAUCUCUUCUAAGCGUAAGGAGCCUGAAACAAAGGGAUCUGCCAAAAAGAAACAGAAGACAAGUGCUACGCCAGGCAAAUUCAAGAAGGGCAAAUGAAAGUGAUUUCUGCAAGACGAGUUCAUAUUUCAUAUUGUCAUUCUUAUUGCUAAAAAUAAAGUCACCAUUACCUUUUGAGUAUUUUAGGGGAAAUAUGUUUUAAAUACCCUGUUGUACUGUCUAUCUUGAAUAAAGACAAGUAUUUAAUGA